AAUGCAACCAAGUUCUUUUAAAACCUUCUUCGUCAUCCUUCCCCAAAUUCCCAGAGAAACCCUAAAAAGAUUGAAACUGUGAAUACAUCGGCAAUCUUGUGAUCUCAAUCGAAAUUACUGCUACCUUCAUCUCCAUAUCAUAGGUAGCUCUUCAAUCUCUCGUGAUUUAUCUGCAAUUUUGGUGGAAUCUUCCUCGUCUCGUAUAUUUCCCGGCUAUCUUUUGGAUCAACAAGACACAAACUUAUGUAUCCCUGAAUAUGGUAGACCAAAUGUGAACAUGUAUUGUGGUUGAAAUUUGAAUUAUUCAACAUCUUCCAUUCACCACUGCAAAUAUGGAUAUUAAUACCGUUUCUGAGAGUAUCAAAUCAGAACCUCAAGAAACAAUGGAAUUCGAUUCAAACGAAGCAGCAUACGAAUUCUACAAAGAAUACGCGAAAUCUGUUGGAUUUGGAACUGCUAAACUGAGUAGUCGUCGUUCAAGAGCAUCAAAAGAGUUCAUUGAUGCUAAAUUCUCAUGCAUAAGAUAUGGAAACAAACAACAAUCUGAUGAUGCAAUCAAUCCAAGACCUUCACCUAAAAUAGGUUGUAAAGCAAGUAUGCAUGUCAAAAGAAGACAAAAUGGAAAAUGGUACAUUCAUAGUUUCAUAAAAGACCAUAACCAUGAGCUUUUACCUUCUCAAUCACAUUUCUUCCGAAGCCAUAGAAACUCUGAUCCUCUCAAGAACGACACCAAGGUACGUAGAAAGACGAUAUUAUCCUCCAUGUCAAAACAAUAUAACAUAUAUCAAUCAACUGGUUUGGAGAGUUAUCUUAGAAAUCAAGAUGACAGGGGUAGGAGUUUGACAUUAGAAGAAGGUGAUGCUCAAAUACUUCUUGAAUCAUUUGUCACAAUGCAAGAAGAGAAUCCAAAAUUCUUUUAUGCUGUUGAUUUAAACGAAGAACAUCAACUUAGAAACAUAUUUUGGGUUGAUGCAAAAGGCAUGGAUGAUUACACAAACUUUAGUGAUGUGGUUUCUUUUGACACGACUUAUUUUUACAACAAAUAUAAAAUCCCAUUGGUUCUUUUUAUCGGUGUCAACCAACAUUGUCAACCUACAUUACUUGGAUGUGGAUUGAUUGCAGAUGAAACAUUAUUCACAUUCAUUUGGUUAUUUCAAACAUGGUAUUUAGCAAUGGGAAGUAAGUGUCCAAAUGUAAUAGUCACUGAUCAAAGCAAUUCUCUAGAAGCAGCCAUUGUAGCAGUGUUUCCAGACACCCGACAUUGUUACAAUCUAUGGAAUGUUCUAGAAAAAGUUUCAAGGCAACUUGAUUAUUUAAACCCAUGGCAUGACACUUUCAUGGCAAAAUUUAGUAAAUGCAUACAAAAAUCAUGGACUGAAGAAAAGUUUGAUAAAAGAUGGGGUAAAUUAGUUAACAAAUUCAAUCUUAAUGAUGACACAUGGUUUCAAUCUUUAUACCAAGAUCGCAAACUGUGGGCCCCAACUUUUAUAAAAAACAUUUCUUUUGCUGGGUUGUCUACAUUUUCUCGAUCCGAGAGCCCGAAUUCCUUUUUUGACAAAUACAUUCAUCCAGAAACUUCUUUGAAAGAGUUUCUAGAACAAUACAAAGUGAUAAUGGAAGAUAUACACGAAGACCAAGCGAAAGCAGAUUUUGACACGUGGCAUGAUACACCCGAGUUGAAAUCCCCAUCACCCUUUGAAAAACAGUUAUCAUUCGUUUACACUCAUGAGAUCUUCAAGAAGUUUCAAGAUGAAGUGUUGGGAGCAGCUGCGUGUCAUUUAAAGAUAGAAAAAGAAGAAGGGAAUUGUGUGACUUAUGUAGUCAAAGACUUUGAAACAAGUCAAGAUUACAUGGUGGAAUGGAAUGAGACACAAUUGGAUAUUAAUUGUUCUUGUAGGACAUUUGAAUUCAAAGGGUUUUUAUGUAGACAUGCAGUUGUUGUACUUCAAAUGUCUGGUGUUUUUAGUAUUCCGUUUAAAUACGUAUUACAAAGAUGGACAAAUGCAGCUCAAAGUAAGUACCCGAUUUCUGAAAAACUUGAAAAUGUGCAAACGAAAACACGAAGACUCAAUGAUUUAUGUAGGAGGGCUAUAAUUUUGGGGGAAGAGGGGUCGAUUUCACAAGAGAGUUAUAAGAUUGCAUUGGGUGCGAUAAAAGAUGCUUUGGUGCAAUGUUCGAAUGUGAAUAAUAAUUAUAAUAAUAAUAAUAAUAAUUGUGUUGUGAAUGAAGUAAGUGUAAGACCUUCAACAUCAAAGUCUGUUGGGGUUUAUGAGGAAGAAGAGCAAGUGCCUAAUUUGAAUGUGGAGAAGUUGAAAAAGGGUGUUAAGAGAACAGAAAAUGGGAAAGAGAAGGUAGCUACACAACCAGAAGUUGUAAAUAUUGGAAUCGAUGCGAGUUUUCACCACAUGGAAAUUCCUAACACAAGGCUGUUACAAUUACACAACAUGAUGCCACCACAUUUACAAGGUGUAGUAGUAGUACCCACAAUGUUUCACAAUGUGGCAUCUUCACAGUUUCAUAAUGUAGCUUCAGCACAAUUACAAAACACUCGUCUUCCACAUUAGUUCAAGUUCUAUCCUCUUUUGUUGAUAAUAUUUUAUUGUAAUCUAGCAAACAUUAAUUCACACUGCUAAUUUUGUGAAAAUAUCAGGAAC